AUGUUUGCUCAAUAUUGUGAUAAACCAUUUGAAGUUGAUGCUCAAACGGCAGCAAAACUUUUAAAUCGAAUGAGCCUUCGAGCGAAAGUUCUUAAUUCAGAUACACUUUAUGUUGAUAUACCAGUAACUAGAGCAGAUAUUUUACAUUUUUGUGAUAUAGGAGAAGAUUUUGCAGUAGCAUAUGGAUAUAAUAAUAUACAAAAAACAUUUCCAAAAACUAGUUAAACUGAUAGUCCAAAUGAAUCACGUUUAUGUGCAAUAUAUUAUAAUCGUACACCCGGCUUUGAAAUAAUUCAUGGUUUACUCGAUCGAAUAAUGACAUUAGUUAAAGUUUCAUAUAAUGAAAAUAAAACAAAUGAUAUAAGUUAUCAUUUAAAUAAUCAGUGUGAAGAUAGUACAUUUUUUCCUAGUCGACAUGCGGAAAUAAUUGUACGUGAAAAAAAUUUCGGUGUUAUUGGUGUUCUUCAUCCAAAUGUUAUUGAACAUUCUGCGUUAAAAUUACCUUGUUCUAUUCUUGAAUUAAACAUUGAACCAUUUGUUUAA